AUGUCGCCCCGUGCGCGUCACAUCUGCUACUUCCUGGACUAUGGCGCCCUGAGCCUCUACAGCCUGGGCUGCGCCUUCCCCUAUGCCGCCUACUCCAUGCCGGCCUCCUGGCUGCACGGACGCCUACACCAGCUUUUUGUGCCCGCCGCCGCAUUCAAUUCCUUCCUGUGCACCGGCCUCUCCUGUUACUCACGGUUCCCCGAGCUAGAAAGCCCUGGAUUCAGUAAGAUCCUGCGCACAACAGCCUUCGCUUAUCCUUUCCUGUUUGACAACCUACCGCUCUUCUACCGGCUUGGACUGUGCUGGGGCAGGGGCCACAACUGUGGGCAGGAGGCACUGAGCACCAGCCAUGGCUACCACCUUUUCUGCGCACUGCUCACUGGCUUCCUGUUCGCUUCCCACCUGCCUGAGCGGCUGGCACCAGGACGCUUUGACUACAUCGGUGAGAGCUGGCCCAGGAAGGGGCAAGGGGAUGGUUUCCCAGAGCACAGAGUGAACUGGGCCACAGCCACCAGCUAUUCCACAUCUGUGCAGUGCUGGGCACCCACUUCCAGCUGGAGGCAGUGCUGGCUGACAUGGGAUCGCGCCGAGCCUGGCUGGCCACACAGGAACCACCCCUGGGCCUGGCAGGCACGGUGGCCACACUGGGCCUGGCAGUGGCUGGGAACCUGCUCAUCAUUGCCACCUUCACUGCCUCCCUGCUUCGGGCCCCCGGUACAUGCCCCCUGCUGCAGGGUGACCCACCGGAAGGGAGUACCCAGGCCAAACAACAGUGAAUCCCCGUCCCUGACCCUACCCUAGAGUAGGCAGAGGCCAGGCCCUAGGGCUGGAGAGGAGCCCAGACCUGGGUCUGAUAAGGUGGGGGCACAUCUGAGCCUGGAACCAUGAGUGACUGAGGAGAGAGGGUAGAGGAGAGAGGGAGAGGAAGGGUGGUCGGGGGGACUGGCACAGAGUGAGAGGGACUGUGAGGGGGCUCUUAAUGGGAGUGGGGGAAGUGCUGAGGGUCUGAGAGGGCAGAUGUGUGUGUGUCCAGGCUGCAGCUGCCCACAUGCCCUGUCAAAGUCUGGGGUGGAGAGGUGUCAGAACCCUUUCAUCUGGACCCAUUUCUGGUGCUCCUGAAAGUCUCUGCUCAGCCCAGGGAAGAACUAACACUACUAACCUAGGCCUACCCUGAAUGCCUGUUAACCAGGCCAGGAGGAGGCCACACACUUGCCCCCAUAUCUGCAAACCAGGCAGCACUGUUUGCCAGCAGCUAUUUGCCUGUAGAGAUGAAUCUGUCUGUCCUGGUCACAUCUGUGUAUGCAAGGUGUCCAGGCCUUUGGGGGCUGGGUCUAUCUGGGUGUGUCAUGGAUGGUACAGUGGAUGAGAUGGGGUAGAGGGGAUGUUGGGCUAGAGGAGGAAACCCUAGUUAGACUUUAGAAAGCCAGCUUCAAUGCUUUCUAGAAUAAGGCAGGUACAAGUAAAUAAACACUAGACUUUGGGAAGCACUUUCUGGGACUGAAGAAGGUAAUACCCCCCUCCCACACUCUACAGACUGGACAAACUCAUAGACCCACCAAUUCCUCUUGAGUUUAUUUUGGA